UCCCAGGGCGAGUCCGGGGCUGGGGGCGUGACGUCAGGCGCCCGGGGCGGAAACGCGCAGGGCUCGGCUUGGGCCGCGGGGUCCAGGCGAGGGUCGCGGCGAGGGUCGCGGCGAGGGUCGCAGUGCGCGCGGGCCGGGAGUGCUGUGCGCUUGGAGGGCCCGGGAAGCGCAGGGCCUGGCGCUGGACACGGCCUCGCGCCCUCGGAAGGCCGCGCCUUGGUGCCCCUGCGGGGUCCUCCGCCGGGUUCGGCCGAUGAAGCCCGCGGCCCGCCUGGGCGCCCUGUGCCUGGCGCUGUGCUGCCUGGGCGGCGCGCGCGGGCUCUGGAGGAGUGACAGCCACGAGUGGCAUAAACUAAUUAUGGUUCACCACUGGCCUGCGACAGUGUGCAAGGAAGUUAAGAACCACUGCAAAGACCCCCCAGAUUACUGGACAAUACAUGGCUUAUGGCCUGAUAAAAGUGAAGGAUGUAACCGAUCCUGGCAUUUUAAUCCAGAAGAGAUCAAGGACCUUUUGCCGGACAUGAAGAUAUACUGGCCUGAUCUGCUCCAUCCGUCUCCUAACCGCAGCCUCCAUUUGUGGAAGCAUGAGUGGGAGAAGCACGGGACCUGCGCUGCCCAGCUGGAAGCCCUCAAUUCCCAGAAGAAAUACUUCGGCAAAAGUCUGGAUCUGUCUAAGGAGCUUGCCCUGAACAGCACGCUCCAAAAAUUGGGGAUAACACCAUCUACUUACUACCAGAUUUCAGAUAUUAAAGAUGCCCUUGUCAGUGUGUACGGAGUCGUGCCCAAAGUCCAGUGUCUUCCAAAACAGGGCGGCGAGCAGGUGCAGCUGCUCGCGCAGAUCGAGGUGUGCUUCUCCAAGGACCUGCAGCUGCAAAACUGCAUGGACCCCGGGGAGCCGGCGCCCCGCGGGCCGGAAGCGAGGCCGGCGGCGAGCCUGGGGCUGGAGGUCUGCAAGGACGGCGUCCUCUUUUACCCCGCACUCAACAAGACCAAUCACUGAUGCCCACAUUUUGUAAAUAGUCUUUAUUUUGAAACGCAAGAGGAAUUGACAAACCUCCGCUUUUCACAAAGCAGCUCCGCAGUGAAAUCUCCUGUUUACAGCCUCCUUUACUAAGCCUGUUGUGUUUGCUUUGCUUCGCACUCCGUGUCUGGGAGUUGAUUUUCGUGGUACAUGUAAAGAUGGGGUGAACACUGGGUACGUUGAAAGGGAGGAAAGUUCCCCGCCUCUUGGCUGCUUUGUGACUGCAGUAAAGCUUAUGGUUUUCUUUUUCUCUCCUUUAUCAAUCUCUGUGGCAGCCUUGGAAGACAAGUCUGGGCACAUGGUACCGAUUCAGGAGAACUCUGUCCUGUGUCCCUCAGUGAGCUGCCUUCUCGCUCUGAGUACUCCUGGGGGGCCGUUGGGACCAGCCCUCAAGCAGGAGCCCGGGCCGCCUCGCGGGGGGGGCACAGGAGGGCAUCUCCACCUCCGACCUCAGGGCUGCCGGCUCCUGUUCCGUGGUCACCCACCAGCGUCUCCCUCGGUGACCUGGCAUGGGUGGGCAUGGGCGUGUCCUCUGAGGGUGAGAUGCUGUGUGUGGGGGGGGGCAGCAGGGGCGGGGAGGCGGGGUGCUGCAGGCUUCUCUCUUCUCGCCAGAGGAAGCCUGGGCGCGUGACCGAGUGCCAGCCAGCACCCCCGGUCAGUGGGUGCUCCUCCCUGCAGACCGGAAAUGCCGCAGGUCAGUCUGUAUCCGCUUUCCUUUCCUUUCUGUCGGAAGGCAGCAUCAGGCCUUAGGGCGCUGGGGCUGACGUGGCCCCAGGGGCGGGCUGCCUCCUUGGGUAGUGAUGCCUGGUGACAGGGCUUGUCUCGGAGAUGAUGCGAGUCCCAGGCUCAGGGGCUGCUGCAGGCAUGGUCCUUACCUGCUGAAUGGCAUUUCACCUGUAAAAUGAGGAUACCUAAAGUGGUCUGUGAAGUGGACUUCCUGUGCUUUAUUAAAGCUACCUUUUAACAUUA